AUGUCAUUUAUCAGUGAAGACUUAAAAUGGCUUCUGAGCCUUCCACAUAACAAAUUUUGGUGUCAGGUUAAAUUUCAUUACUGUUGAUUAUGCUUGAAAUUGAUAUUAUGUGUCUGCAACUUAAUGUAUGGUAAAAACUGAUGCUUCUUUAUUCUCUUUUAGGUAAUAUUUGAUGAAUCAUUACAACAAUGCUUGGAUUCAUACCUCAAAUGUGCACCAAGGUGAAGAUUUCAAAAUAAAUUAUUAUCUGUGGUGAUUUCUGUUACCAUCCAGUUGCAGACAGAAGACCACAGAGCAACACUUUUAUUUGUUUUAAUUUGCACUGUGUACAUAUACAACAAAACUCUUUCCACUAUUUUUGUAACAAAUAUUCCUAAGCUGAUAUAAUAACAGCAUUGAUUGAGAAUGAUAUGAUGAGGCAUCUUCAUUUGUCUCUUGGUAACAAGCUGAAAUAUGACCUUAAAUGAUACCAAUAUUUGUCGAAGUUGGUUUUUUUCUGGGAUUGUACUUGUUAGACUAAAGAAUUAUCAUCCCAAAGUGAAGGGCUGGAGUUUGGUUGUUUGACAUUUCAGCAGUUCGAAGAAACAGGGAUUAAAUAUUAAUUAGGUGUGAUCUUAGGUCCUGCUCUAAGGUUGUAGCAAGAGGGAGCAUUGUUGUGGCUUUAUUAUUAUUAUUUAGCAAUAAUGAAUUUGUUUUUGUUUCUUUCUGCUGCCAGAAAUUUUGAUGCACUAUCAGUCUUGCCAUCAGAGGCAGCCUCUCUUCAUGAAGGUAUUCACAAAAGGGUGUUCAUGACAUACCUGAGGAUGUCAACUCACAAAGAAUCCAAGGUAUAUUUAAAUAGGAUAUUAAUCAUUAAUUUAGAUUAUGUUGCAACACUUUAUACUGAGGGUUUUAGGCCUUACCUGGGUUUAACGAUGAAACAGACAAAAAAAACCUUUUGUUUAUGCUUAAUCAGCAAUGCUUGUCACCAUAUGUCGUCAAUAACAACAGUUUCCUUGGUAUGCAUAAAUAUUAACUUCUUUCUGAUGGAGCACAAGGGCUGUACUGGGGAAUAUUGGCCAAAGGUCUGGGCAGUAUGGACCAAGUGCAGUAAGGUCUGUACAAAAAGCACUAAGGGCUGAUAUUAUUCUAUAAGGCUUGAACAAGGGAGGGCAGUAAGUAGUUAACUGUAUGGCACUCGAAUCAAACUUGUUUAUUUUGAAUUUGCUGGCUAUCACAAAUAAAAAUACAUGGCUAAUGACUGUUUCCAUGGAAACAGUCUGUAAGGAAAAAUCCCAGCCAAGUAAGAACCAAUCAGAGUGCCUGGAUUUACCUUAGGAAUACCUUGCUAUUGAAUAAUGCAUGUUAGAAACUCUGCAAGGGCAUAAAAGGGGGAGUCUUUGAUAUGUCCUUUACCCAAUCCAGAUGUAAAUAUUUGUCUAUAUCUGCUUAAAUCAAAAGAGUUUGAACUGCCUCACUAUAUGCUGAUUUUUCACCUGUUUUGUUUCCUGGCAGGAGAACUUCUUCACCCAGAGCACAUUUGGAGAUAUUCUAUAUGAAAAUUUUUUAUUUGAUAUUCCCAAAAUGAUGGACAUAUGUGUUCUUUAUGGAGGAGAGAGCAGUGCUAACACUCCACUUCUCAGAAAAAUGCUGGAAAAUAUUUUCUCUAAACAACCAAAGUAAGAUGCAUUUGAAGUUUUGCAUAAGUUUGAAUUGCUAUGAAUUAUUAGUAUUACUCUUUCUGAUAUUAGCGUAUUGGAAUGAUGCACUUAAGGGCCCGUUCUCAUAGGUCUUUGGAAAAUCAGUGGUUCCUUAAGCAUAUUUUAAAAUAAUAAUUUAUAGAAUAAAGGAGCAGGUUCUGGUUCCAUUCUUUGGAUGAUAGUUUUAUAAUAUUAUGUUUGAAACUUUGGAAACCCCCAUCUUGAAGGAAAACAGUACAGUUUUCUGGGCCCAUUAAGUUGCUGGGACCAUAGAGAAAUGCACACUAGGGCUGUAUGAUUUUCUUUUUGACUUGUUCCCCAAUUGAUACAAGUUGCACACAUAGGCACAAAUCAAUUCAUUAGCAGUGCACUUUCCUUUUACUUUCCAAUAUUACAUUAUUUUAUAACAGCAUACUUCCUAUUCUUUUAAAGGUAUUAUGGUGAUCUCAAUGGAACAAUCCCAACCAUUUUUGAGACAUUAGAUGAUAUCUUGUCAAGGUGUGGAAUCAAGCCAAAAACAGAGGACCCUUCAAAUCUUCCUCAAAAACUAAUGGACUCAAAGACUGAACAAACUUCCUCCAUGACUGUUCUGCAACUGGAGGAUAUUAUUCUUUACUUAAAUGAUACUCUAAAGACUCUGAUGGCAUUUGUGGAGACUUGUCCUUUAGUCUGUGAAUCAUUUCAAAGACAAGAAUUUGUACAAAGAAUAGCCAUCUUCUAUGAACUGUUCACCCCAUAUUUUAGACAACAACUCUCUGGUGCUGAAUUACAGAUGUUAAAGGAUAAAUGGAAAUGUUUUAAAGUGGCACUCAUCAGACUUUGCCGUGUGGUUCUUCACGCCUGUUGCAUUGAGCCUUUACUAGAAAGGUAAGGGUUGUUUUAGAAUGUAGCUAAUGUAUACAGGGGUUGUUCUUUGUAGAAUAUAGUGUGUGGAAAAGGUAUCAAUUUUUUGGCAAUUUUCAGGAUAACUGAGGCAAGGAUAAGGUCAGAGCAAAGAGAAUACAAAGGGCAAUUCACAUAUAGGAGGAGGGCAAAAAGAAAAUUCUUUGCCAUCUCCUCAUGCUUGCUUUUUACUCACUUGAAUUGGCCAAAACAAAUGAUGCCUCUUCUCUCAACUGUGAUCUACAUUGCAAGCUCUGAAUUUUUUUUUUUUUUUUCAUACAGGGAAUCUAGCAGAAAUGAUGAUCAAGUUCAAACUUGUGUUGAAGAUUAUUUGCAAGUGUUGACGUCUAUUCUUUCUGAGAAAAGGUAUUUAUCUGUAAUCAAUUACUACAUUGUAUACUAACAAGAUAAUUUGUUUUAUCAACUAAGUUGAUCAUGUAAAUUGGCUCCGUAAAGAGCUUCUAAAGCUGACGUUUGGAGCGUUAGCCUUACGUCUCACCUCUCAGACCCUUCAUGUUUCUACUUGUUUAUUUAUGGAAAUUUAAAAACGCGUUUCUCUGUUUAUAAUCAGAUUUCUGAGCAGUUAUGAUUCAAGAUUCAGUAUAAGAGAAGACUUGAACAGAAUCCAGCAGUUGACAGCCGGUGUCGAUGAAACACGGAUAGAUUACAUUUUAGAUGCUGUGGAAAGUGCACGAAAGGCGUUCCCUCGUCAUUUCUCGAAGAGAAAGAACACUGAUGAAAAUGGUUCAACUAUCGGUCCAAGCACAAGCGUUGUUGAUACCCCUGUGAAUGGUCGCGCAAACGAAUGGACAGAAGAACAUGUUGCAAAUGUCAAUGGAUUCGUCGAGGACAAGGUAUUUCCGAAAACACAGUGUGAAGAAAAUGAUAUAGCUUUAGCUUAAACUUUUCUUCUUGUGGUAGAAAAAAAACUAAGGCACCUUUUUUUAAAUUUACUAAUGAAUGGGGAGCGAGAGGAUGUUAUGGGGGUAAGAAGCUGUAAGUUCUUAAAGGGGGUGUCUUACUGAUUCCAGGGGCUUGUAGACAGGAUAAAGGAGUGACAUAUUAAAAGUCUUGGAGAGCCUUUAUUUAAUUUACAGUUUAUAAUUAUCUCCUAAGCUGUCACCCAACUUUAGUUAAUUGAGCGUUUUUCGACUGGGUGUUGUGAAACCAAAACCAAAGUAAUCACAACGGCCAAUCAGAAGAAAGGAAAAUAUCUUAAGAGCCAAUGAGAACUCAAAGUUAAAACAACCAAACUGCCUAAAGCGCGGGAAAACGCGGGCGACCAAGCUGGAUUUGUUUUAGUUUUGCAUCUGAUUGGUUGAGGAAGUGUGGCCAGUUUUCUGGACCAAUCAUAUAACGAAGUAAAGCAAUCCCACAUUUCUUUCGACAUUCGGUUGAAAAUUGCUCUAUUGUACAUAAUAUGCCUUUCUUUUAUUGUAUAGCCUGUAGAAAACGUAAAACUAAGGGACUUUUUUUUUUUUUAGAAUGAAGGAGCAACAUCUAAGACAGUUAGUGAUGUGGAGUUGUUCUCCAUGGUAACUCACGUUCAAGAUCUUCUUCCAGGACUUGGUGACGGGUUUGUAAUCAUGUGUUUAGAAGAAUUGAACUUUGAUGUGGAACAAGUUAUUAACGUAUUACUUGAGGAUAACUUGCCUCCUUCCCUUCAAGACGCCGAUAGGAGUUUGUCAAAAGAAGCGCUGAUGAGAAAUAAGAAAAAACCCUCGACAACGAUCUUGAGGGAGAGACACUCUGUUUAUGACAAGGAUGAAUUUGACGUUUUCUCAGGCAGCAAGGUCGAUGUUACAAAAGUUCACAAAGGGAAAAGGCGAGAUAGAACGAACCUACAGACAUUGUUAUCGGAUAAAAGUGAUAUAACAGAGUCAGUGAAAGAGAGAUACUCAUCUUAUGACGUGUUUAAUGAACACAGAAGGAUGGUUAACUUGUACGAUGAUGAGUAUGACGAUACGUAUGAUUCACAAAAUGUGGGCGCCCAAGAUGCCGACUCGGCAGAUGAGCUUACAGUACGAAGGUUUGUUAAAAAAAAUUAGCACUGGCAGUUAGGUUGAAGAUGAGGUAACAAGGAAGGCUAGAAGAAAAAGAGCGGGGAGGGUGCCCAAUCCGCCGGCAGCUUAAUUCGAAGCCAAGAUAAUUUGGUUUUAUUAACUAAGUUGUUAAUGUAAAUUGGCCAUCGUAAAGAGUUUCUUAAGUUGACGUUUCUAGCGUUAGCUCCUCGUGAGGGCCAGUUCCUCCUCGACCCUUCCAAAUGAAGCCAGUUCACAGGCUAGUCAGAAGUAUUUCCCUUCCUAACCAUCGCAAAGAAGAUGCGCGUAUGCCCGAAACUCGUUUCUUUUCGUUCAUACUUAUAUUGUGGAUCACUGUUUUUUUGAUGUUAGUGUAAUUUCAAUCUUCUAGAUGAUACAUCAUUCUUAGAUUUCCCACACUGUCGUGGAAGGUUUUAAACAAAAUCAUGGGGGCAGAAGUAACCCCAUGCAGCCCUGUGGAAAAGGCGUAUUUAAAAAAAUAUGUAUCGUAAGCUCUUCAUCAUCAGGUCAAAUACUUAAAAAGCGCGGCGGUGCUCUUUAUAACCAAUAUGAACAGUAUUCAGUUAACUCUUCUCGCUCUAACAUUAAUAUGUAUAUUCUCCACACUUAUCCCUCUACAUUUCCUGUUGUAAUGACAAGGAUAAGUCUUUUGACAGUUAGGAGCUUCUUAAAUCGGUGAUCAUUUCCAUUAUUCUUGGGAGCUUUACAUUGAUUCAAGGAUGAUUCUGUUAAGAGAAUAAGAAGCCAGUCGCUCUUAUCCUCACUGUGGGUAAACAGGUUGGUCAGAAUAAAAUGGCGACUUGAUUCUUUCUCCGACUAAAUAAUUGGAAGUACUCUGGUGCGAGCAACAUACCACUUGACAUACUCAUCUCUCAUUUCUUGCCAGGCCGUUCACUAUUCCGCGUGUUCUUGGCGGAUCUCCUGUACCGUCUGAUGAAGAAGAAGACAGCGAAGAAGAGGGCCCAUCCGAGGAAGGAAAAGCGAAAGAAGGUGAACAAGAAAUAGACAAAGCGCUCGUGAAUCGACGCAACCGCGGCCCACGUGGACCAAAGAAAGGUGAAAAGGAUGGAGACGGAGCGAAAGAGGGACAAAAGGGUGGGCCCAAAGGGCGUGGCAGGGGUGUAAGUGAUGCAGAGAAGAGGAACAGAGCGCACAGUGAACGGAAUAAAGGAUUGAGAGCCAAUCACAACCGCAGGGUUGGCGCGGAAAGAAAGAGAGCGAAAGGAAUGGGAAUGCUGUCACAUCAGUGA